AUGUGGUCCAGCGCAAGUCACGACGGCGCGCAACAGUCGGUCCUGCUGGCACUCGGGGCACUCACCGCCGUCUACGCCUCGUGGAAGCUCUUGAGUCUGCCUCUUCCGGCGCCCGAUCCAGGCAUGGAGGCGCUCUUCCGACCGUCGUCCACACUGCCGGUCCUGGGCAACACGCUGGACGUGCUGCUCUUCCAUCGCCAUCGCAUGAGCGACUGGAUGAACGACCAGACCGAUGCGAGCGGAGGCAGACCGUGGCUUCUCCAGCUGCUCUUCCAGCCGCCGUGGGUCGUGCUCUCCAUGCCGAGCGACCUCCACGACGUGUUCGUGGACAAGUUUGACGUGUUCGAAAAGGGAGGGGCUCUCCAGGACAUGUCAUUCGAUGUCUUGGGCAACGGGCUGCUCAACGUGAACGGCGACAAGUGGAAGCAGCAACGUCGAGCUGCCAGUCAUCUCUUCUCCACGCGGAGCAUUCGGCAGGUCAUGGAGCCGGUGGUCCGCGAGAAGACGCUGCAACUGCGAGACGUCCUUGCGCAAUGCGCCAAGCGCGAGCAGACUGUCAGCAUGAAGUCGCUCUUGGGCAAGUUCACGAGUGACGUGUUUACUCGCAUCGCGUUUGGCGUGGAGCUGAACCAACUCGGCGGAGAGGUCCACGUCGACGAGAUGCACCCGCUCGACGUCGCACUGCGCGCCGUGCAGAACCGUUUUCAGACGCCAAUGUGGAUGUGGAAGCUCGCGCGGUUCUUCAAUGUCGGGGCCGAGAAGCGCCUUCGGGCCAGCAUGAAGAUCGUCAAUGACAUGGUGCGGGACAUCAUGGUUCGAUCAAUGCGCGCGCGACCAUCUCGAGAGGAGAAGGUGAAUAUGCUGACGCUGUUGAUGAAGGACAAUGCAGACGCGAGUUCACGCGAGCUCCAGGACACGGCUGUCAACUUCUUCAUUGCUGGAAAGGACACGACGUCGUUCAGCUUGUCGUGGCUCAUCGUGAUGCUGAACCGAUACCCGCGUGUGCUGCAAAAGAUUCGCGAAGAGAUUCGAUCCGUUGUGCCGGGGCUGUUGACGGGAGACGCAGAUGCCCCAACGCUCGACGAGACGCAGAAGCUGGUCUACCUGGACGCAGCGGUGAAAGAGAGCGUGCGGUUGCAGUCCGUUUCCACGUACCGAUGCACCACUCGAGACACGACACUUUCGGACGGUGCGUUCAUCACGAAAGGGACCGUAGUGGUUGUCUCCAAGUACGCUGCCGCCCGCCGCAAAAACGUGUGGGGAGACGAUGCGGCCGAAUACAGACCCGAGCGCUGGUUCGACGAGGCAACAGGAGAGCCCAAGCACAUUCCGCCGCCGCAAUUCAUCACUUUCAGCACGGGACCACGCAAGUGCAUUGGAAUGCGUCUCGCCAUGCUCGAGAUGAAGACAGUCGUGGCCGUGCUUUUCAGUCGCUUCGACAUUGAAACGGUUGAAGACCCGUUCCAGAUUACGUACGACUUUUCCUUCGUGCUGCCGGUCAAAGGCCCGUUGGCUGUGCGAGUCCGUGAACUCACUGCACGCUGCGUGUAG